CGCACGCCAACACGCUUUAGUACCUAGCGCACACCUUGCUCAAGCCAACCGGUUUUGCGCAUUCGACGUUCGCCGAGCUCGCGACAUUCAAGCACACUCGCCUCCUUCCUAUCGCUUAAGCCAGCGCCAUGGCCACCACUCUCAUGAAGUCAGUCGCUUCCACCUCUGGCGCGGCCUCUGCCCGCCGCAAGACCGCCGCGCCAGCCGGCGCUCACGCCAUCGCCAUGCGGUCGAUGCUGCCGGUCCGACCUUCGCGGCAGGGCGCCGUGACGCCUCAGGCCUUCUACCUCAGCCCCUACGCCUGCAAGCCCGCGCGCGUGUACCGCUCCAGCCCCUUCUCACUGGGCAUGGGCCGUCUGGCGUCUGAGCUGCUUCGCGAGUCGGUGACUUGCACCCACGCCGUGGACAUCUCCGCGCUGGAGGACCGCUAUGUGCUGACGUCCGACUGCCCAGGCAUGAGUGAGGAGGACAUCAGCGUUGAGAUCAGCCCGGAGCGUGUGCUCACCAUCGCCGGCGCCCGCAAGGCCAACCCGCUCCACCAACAGCCACGCCCCGCAGCCACGCCCAAGCCGGAGCCGCAGGCGGCAGCUGCGGACGGCGAUGACGCUGCCUCUGACGACGCGCCCGCUGCCGCGCCCUCAAAUCCCGAGCGGGCUGUGCGCGUGUCUUACCGCUUCAGCCGCUCGUUCGGCCUGCCUGAGGACGCGGAGGUGGAGGGCGUGAGUGCGUCGCUGGACCGGGGCGUGCUGACGGUGACGGUGCCGCGGCGUGUGGUGGACAAACCCAAGCCGCGCCGCGUCAGCGUGUCGGCUGCCGCUGGCACAGCCGCGCCGGAGCCGCCCAGCACCGCCUAGUGCUGAGGAGCUGUAGCGUGGGGAUUGUUGCCCAGUGCUAUGGCCUUAGGUGUCCAUGUACAAUAUGUGCCGUGUCGGCGUGUACCAUAUUGGUUUCCUGGAUUGUCUCCGCAGUUGCGAGAUGCACAUGCGCUGGGAGGCAGCGAGCGCGAUGUUGUUGCAGUAUAUAAAGCACGUACGGUACUUCGUGUGUUUGGGUUGUGGUGUUGCGAAGGGGAAUGCUUAACAACCUAACACAGCACAACCGCAUGCUGUGCAAGGAGUGGCUUUUGUUUAAUGUGGCAAAGGUGUCUGCGACAUGAUGCCGCAGCGCCUACAUGGGUACAGCUGGCCCUUACUUGCAUCACGGCCAUACCUGUAACACAACGUGUUG